AUGGGCUCCACCAAAGACCUGGAGGUCGUGCUUCUAGAUUCCGAUUCGGAUCUGGAGCUUCAGCAUGUGUCGAAACGGCAAAAAUUAGACCCUCUGCCGCCUCAGCCACAACCUCUGGAGGUUGUUAUUCCUCCGUUUCAAAAGCCUUUUCAAGAGUCGGACUCCGAGAGUCCGGUUCCAGAGCAGGUUCCAGCGGCAGAAGCGUACGAUGACAAGAGCACUUCGCCAGCACUUUCGGAGUCAUCCGAAAUCACGGGUCAGAGCGUAAACUCCCUGGAUCUAGAUGAACUCAGCGCUGGUGACCUCCCAUCCAAUGGACAGGAGAACGGCAACGGCUUAACUACAGAUCAACUUGCAAUGAAACGAACAAUUUACGAGACACGGAAGUUUUUGAAAACGAAAGGUAUUAUGGCGUUCCUCGAGGAAUAUCUUCCGCCUACGGCGCUGAGUGACGAAAUCUACAAGUUGAUUCUCAAACUAGGCUUCAACCCAAGGAACUUGCCCCCUUUUGAAAAAGGUGAGAACCUUCUUCAACUUAUCAAACUUCUUCAUUUAGCAAUGAAACGUGUUCGUCAGUUGCGAUCACGUUUAGACAAUUUCUAUAGAGUUGAGGACGCCUUGAACAAGAUCAAGUCCGCUCAAAAGGUGCUUGUUAUAACUGGUGCUGGUAUCUCCACCAGCUUGGAGGUAUUCGACUUGGAAAUAUUCCACACCGACCCGUCUAUCUUUUACUCCAUCGCACAUAUGAUCUUACCUCCAGACAACAUUUAUGCCCCGUUGCACAAGUUCAUUAGAUUAUUACAGGACAAGGGGAAACUCUUGCGAAAUUAUACCCAAAAUAUCGAUAACUUGGAAGCAAACGCCGGUAUACGUCACGACAAAAUGAUUCAAUGUCAUGGCUCGUUUGCAUUCGCCACAUGUGUUACCUGUGGCUACCAAGUUCCUGGCGAAGCUCUCUAUCCCAUUAUGCGCAAUAAAGAGAUAGCAUACUGCCCAAAUUGUGCCAAGGCUAGAGAGAAACUUAUGAAUAGAGACGAUUCUUACGUUGAAGAAAGCUAUGGUGAUCUUAAGGAAUGCGAUUUGAUCAUCAGCAUAGGCACAUCACUUAAGGUGGCCCCGGUGGCCGAUAUUGUCGACAAAGUACCUGCUGAUGUUCCGCAGAUUCUCAUCAACAGGGAUCCUAUCCACCAUUGCAAUUUUGACAUCAGUUUCUUGGGCUACUGUGACGAUGUGGCAGCUUACUUGUGCAAUAGAUUGGGCGACGAGUGGGCCCUAGAUCAUCCUCAAUACGAGGAGUUAUUGUGUCCUUCGAGAGAUAACCUUCAGCUUGAGACAACCAAGGAACGCGGAGUUUACAAUAUAGUCAAUCUUCAACGUGAGUCUAAAAUGGCUAAAGAGCCUCCUGUGGCUCCUGAAGAGCCCGACUUGGUUGUCUUGGAACCUACCUUAUAA